GUUUGGCGGUCACAUUCUUAAGUCGCAAGAAAGCGCGAAGCUUAAGUCAACUCGAUACUCUAUGACUCAAAUGAACCCUAUCCUACCGACCACUGUCGACAUUCUGAUCUUGGGUGCUGGCUGGACCUCUACGUUUCUAAUCCCACUUUGCGAGGAGCGAUCCUUGGUCUAUGGCGCCACAACUAGAAAUGGGCGAGAUGGGACCAUCGGGUUUGUAUUCGAUCCUGAAUCUGAUGACUUGGAACCAUAUCGACGCCUUCCGGACGCACGCACUGUCCUCAUCACCUUUCCAAUCACGUUCGCGGGAGGAUCUGUCAAGCUCGUAAAAUCCUACAUCCGUAGUCGAGACGAGGACUCAAGGGAGCACGUUGCGCGAGAAGUACAGUUUAUUCAACUUGGAUCGACUGGCAUCUGGGAGGGAGGUCGAGGGGUAAUACCAAAUGUCCGGAUAGAACCUCCAAGGCCGGCGGGGAACGAGUGGUAUGACAGACACAGCGACUUUGAGCGAGUAGGGAGAGCCAGAGAGGAAGAGGAACUUCUUAAACUCCCUUCCGAUUACGGUGGCUCGACUGUGCUGAACCUGGCCGGACUCUGGGGAGGGGGGCGUUCACCUAGGAGAUACCUCUUGAGGGUCGCACCAACCAAAGAAGCGCUGCGACACAAGGGAAGCGUCCAUUUUAUCCACGGCGUGGAUGUCGCUCGUUCCAUUCUCGCAGUUCAUUCGACCUUUGGCAAAGCAAAAGGGCAGCGGUGGAUUGUGACUGACGGCUGCGUCUACGACUGGUGGACUUUGGCGUCGGCAUGGGGCGGCGACCCUGGUUCUGGUGAUAACAAGAACGAAGAUGCCGAGCGGGGACCGUACCCUCGCUGGGUACGCGAGUUGAUGGAAGACAGCGGGGUGAGGGGACUCGCAAGAGUUCUGGAGGACCUUCGAGCUUAUGCCGGUGGUGACGCUUCUCGGUGA